AUGGACUGCAUACGGCGCAUGGCGGGCGACAAACGCACCGUGACCUCAAUGUUCUUCAGAUCUGACGGCGGUACCGUGGAUCCAAACAUUGUGCCCGCGGAGCCAGGCUUCCAGACCGAAAGUCUGUGGUGGAUAUCCGACCUGGCCUCGCCGGACCAACUCUGGAUUCUCCCAGUGACAUACGGGACCCUAGCGACCUUGAGUGUGUGGCUUAGGGUGAGGGAUGCUGCCAAACAACGGCCAGAAGUUAGCUAUUCGAACAGCGACGAUGCGAGACUAAGGGUUCUCGCUGCAAAAUUCAACAGGGCUUUGUCCUAUGUCAUGACCGCCCUGCCUUCUGUCUUUACGUACCUGAUUAUCAGGAGCGACCUGUCCACAGCUGUGGUGUUGUACCUCAUCGGGACCACGACGACUCAACUUGUGCAGCGGCCUCUCCUCGCCCGCGUCCUGGGGACCACCAAGCGGGUUCCACCUCUGAGGGCAAAACAAGCGAAAACCAAAGGACAAGUGGAGGCAUGA